GCGUGAGUCACCGGCUGGAAACGUCACGUCGAUGCGUGACGUCAACACCACGUGAACAACAAGACUAAAGACGAUACGCGGAAGACUUCAGGACAAGUUUUCGUUCGACCUCAGCUUGACAAGUCGGACCGUGGGUUCACAGUGAGUACUUCUCCGACAUGGCCAACGACCGGGAGGGAAGCCAUGACCAGAACUCCAACCACAGCACGAGCAGCACAGCCUCUGACCCAGAGCCUACCUCAGAUGCGUCGGACAUGGAGGACACGGUGGAGUUCAGGAUCCUCAUGGCCUACGCGCAGAGGAGACGUCCGAAACCGGCUGCGCCAACCGGUCCUGCCGCCCCCGGUAUGACGGAUUCUAACGGAACGGCUCCGACCCGGACGCCAGAGGAGACCAAACAGAAGGAGCCGAAGAAGAAGAAGAAGAGCAAGAAGCAAUGGAUGAGAAUUCUGAAGUUUUUUAAAUGUGUCCGGCCUCAGACAGAAGAGAAAGAGCCCUACCAGACUCCAGCGAUGGUACCUGAGGAAGAGAAGGACGAGGAGGACGAGCAGGAGGACGAAUGGCGUGACAUUAAAAUUGAUGAUAAUGAUGAGAAGGAUGCGUUGGCAGAGGUAGUGGCUAGGCUGACGGAGAUCGCAGAUGAAAUCCCCUUCACACGUCCAGACAUAGAAACAGACGCUGAGAUAGACGAUGUGGAGAGAGCCAUCGGCCUGAUCCUGAGGGAGACUGGAGACAGGGUGAACGAGCAGGAGCUGAAAAAACUCAAAGAGCUGUUUUGGGACUACAGUUUCUUUAAUAACAUCAUAAAAGGCCUCCUCACGAGGAUGGGCCUCAAGUCUCCGUACCCUGACUCUCCAGGGCCACACGCUUCUCCCAAAACUCAGAUGGCAGUAGCCUGCGAGGCCAUCAGUCGUCUGUCGGCGCUGGACACGCAGCCUAUGAACAACCUGCUCGGCUUCGGAGCUAGAUAUCUGCAUGAACAACACGCAUCGUGGGCAAAGGAGCUGGGUGGAUAUGAAGCAGCAUUCGAGGACGAUGACGAGGUCCAGUGAGCGGAGGGAGAAACCUGCCACGUUGGACCUUCACAGGCCACAGAGAUGAGAGCAUUAGAACCCGUCGGGGUCACGUUACAGCCCCGCGAGGUUCCUCCAUAGCUUUAAAUAUGUGAUGAACUUUGAAAUAUGAGCUUCAGGACAUUUUAUUUCUGACAAAUCAGUUUACAUCCACACAAACCCUGACCCAACAAACAACUACACGUCAACAACGGUGUUAAGAACAAUACAUCAGCUGAUUCACUUUAUUUCCAUGUACUAUAUACACAAAGUAUGUUUCUGUUGUCUGUCUAAUACUCAGAUGGAAGCAUAUGUGUAAUUCUAAAUAUUUUUUUUACAGUAAAUGUAAAGCUGAUUUUAUGUCUUUUAUUUUUAUAAUUUAACACCCAGCACUUGCACUUUUGAGCAUUAAAACAACUGUCUGCUGGUUCUGAGA